GCCGCGGGGAAGCGGCCGUGGCGCGGGCGGGCGGGCGCGGCUCCACGCCGCGGCUCCACGCCGCUCUCCCGCCGGGGUUUUUUCGGCGAGUCCCGAGCUCCUCCGGCUCCGGCUCUGACUCCGGCAGAUGAUACUGGCAACUCUGAUCUCGCAGUGCCGCCUUCCCAUUAAAAACUUGCAUAUUCAAAACACGGGAAGCGCAGCCAAGGCUAAUUCCGUCCGAGCGCCCGGGCACGGCCGCCGGGUGGGAGGUGGCUGCGCGGAGCGGCACGUCGCGGCGGCCGGGGCCCGCCGGCGUCGCCCGCGGAAGGAGCCGGGACCCACGCGGUGCACGAGCGCAGCCACAUAUUAUGCCGGACUUCCUGAUGAGAGGAUGAGACUAUGAGUGAAGAGCAUCCUGGAGAUUGCAAGCAGUCCUUUUCCUGGGUCAAAACCGGAUUGAUCUGAGAACAAUAAUUAUGAGGCUGACAUGUAUGUUCUCCUUCAUCUUGCUGUUUGGAGCAGCUGGGCUUGUUGUCUUCAUUCAUCUGCAGGAUCCAGAAGAAAUAGUUCAUCAGCAGUUACCAGGAAUGAAAUAUAACAUGGGAUUCCAGCAACCCAAAAAAGACUGCAUUUCCGGCAAUAACCAGGAUGGAAGAUUAAGAAAAAACACUGCAGAUGGAGUAGCAACAGUAAAGCGGAGCGGUUCGUUACGCCUAUCUGAAGACAUGCCCACUAAGCUUCAAAGCGCAGACAGAAGGCAAAGCAGCAUAAUGUUUGUGAUGAAAGAACAUCAACAGAAAGGUGAGGAAAUUAAUUCUAUGAGGCUCCAUAAACGGAGGAGGAGAUUUGUAAUUAAAAAGAGCCCUAUUCUGAUUUCAAUGAACAGCUCCACUCUCAACCUGCCCACACUUAAAUCUGAGGACAGAAAUAAUAACAAGUGGAAAAGUCUCUAUCAGACCCAAAGAGAAAGAAAGAGAAUAAUGAGAGAAACUUGUUCUAAAUACAAGAGUAAUAAUAGAAGAAUAAUCACUCCUUAUCAUGUUUCUAGAAUAUUUGUAGAAGAUAAAUACAGAGUUUUAUACUGUGAAGUACCAAAAGCAGGCUGUUCUAACUGGAAACGGGUGCUCAUGGUUCUUAAUGGCCUAGCUUCUUCCACAAAAGAUAUCCAGCACAACACAGUACACUAUGGAAAUUAUUUAAAAAAGCUGGAUGGGUUUGAUCGCAAGGGAAUUUAUCACAGGCUCAACACUUACACAAAGAUGCUUUUCAUUCGUGAACCUUUUGAAAAGUUGGUAUCUGCAUUUCGGGACAAGUUUGAACAUCCAAACAAUUACUAUCAUCCAGUUUUUGGAAAAGCCAUCAUUUCCAGAUAUCGUGUCAAUGCUACUAAAGAAGCAUUAAGGACAGGCUCUGGAGUCAAAUUUAAAGAGUUCAUUCAAUAUCUCCUUGAUGUGCACAGGCCAGUGGGUAUGGACAUCCACUGGGAUCAUGUCAACAGGCUUUGCAGCCCAUGUUUAAUAGACUACGACUUUGUUGGGAAAUUUGAAAGCAUGGAAGAUGAUGCAAACUUUUUCUUGCACUUAAUUGGUGCUCCACAGAAUUUGACUUUCCCUAAAUUUAAAGACAGGCAUUCCACUGACGAAAGAACUACCACUAAAAUUACACAACAGUAUUUUGCACAGCUUUCUCCUUCUCAAAGACAACGCAGUUAUGAUUUUUAUUAUAUGGAUUAUCUGAUGUUUAACUAUUCAAAACCUUUUGAAGAUUUAUACUGAUUUGAGAAUAGGGACAUUUCUGUGGUCAUGUCAGUUGAAUUGCAUAACAAAUCCAGGUGGCUUCUGUUACACAUACACACUUGUCUCUUUAGCAAACAAUUGGUUGAAGAGCAACAAAAAAGACACACAGAACAUAAAUGGUUAGUGAUGUUUACAUCUUCACCUUAACUGCCUCCUUUUACAAACCAUUUUUUCUAUAAUUUCUCUGUAUGAAAUGUAUGUACAUAUAUGUAUAAUCUUAAGUGUCAGGGCGCACAAAUAAAGCACAUAAUUUUCCACA